AUGAGUGUCGCACGAUUUUGGCACACAGCAUCCACAUUAGCAAAUGGAUUAGUAUUAGUUACUAGUGGAUCCAACGGCACUUGGACAACUACAGGAAGCAUGAGUGAUGCACGACAAUAUCACACAGCAUCCACAUUAGCAAAUGGAUCCGUAUUAGUUGCUGGUGGAGCAGACAGCUACGGUAAUCGUCUUAAUAGUGCUGAAUUGUACAAUCCAUCAACAGGUACUUGGAUAACUACAGCAAACAUGAGUACCGCACGAGCUGAUCACACAGCAACCACUUUAGCAAAUGGAAAAGUAUUAUUUACUGGUGGAUUGAACAAGGAUGGUUAUCUCAAUAGUUCUGAGCUUUAUUAA